AUGCGCUUCAAGUCUAUUUCUUCCUGGCUACCUCUACUGGUCCAGUUCCCCAGCGGAGGGACGAGCCUUCCGAGUCAAUACGAUGCGCGCGUGGAAAAUGGAGUACGACACCACGGAAGUGCACAUGCCGGCCCCUCCAAUAACACCUACGAAACAAUGUUCCCGGGAGUGACGUGGGAUGAGGACCGAUGGAUUCUUACUACCAAGACUCUCGAUCAAGGCCAUUAUCAAUCCCGCGGCUCUGUCGCCAACGGAUACAUCGGCAUCAGUGUGUCCAGCGUCGGCCCGUUCUUUGAGCUUGAUCUGCCCGUCGCUGGCGAUGUCAUCAACGGUUGGCCGUUGUAUUCCCGACGACAGUCGUUCGCUACCAUCGCUGGAUUCUACGACCUUCAAGCGACUACCAACGGGUCAAACUUCCCAUGGAUAAACCAGUAUGGAGGAGAAAGUGUCAUCAGUGGUGUACCUCACUGGAGUGGUCUCAUAUUGGAUCUCGGAGGCGAGGAUUAUCUUGAUUCUACAGUGGAUAACAGAACACUCAGCGACUUCAGCUCUAGCUACGAUUUCAAGUCGGGCGUCUUGUCGUGGUCGUAUACGUGGACACCCAAGGGCAACAAGGGCUCCUAUGCAAUCAAGUACCGGCUUUUCGCGAAUAAACUGCAUGUUAAUCACGCGGUGGUGGAUUUGCAAAUAACCCCUUCGCAAAAUACCCAAGGGUCAGUCGUCAACGUUUUGGACGGGUAUUCCGCCGUUCGUACGGAUUUCAUCGAAUCUGGAGAGGAGGAUGGUGCCAUCUUCUCAGCAGUUCGCCCAUGGGGAAUCUCUGACGUUUCUGCGUACUUCUACGCGAAUGUGACUGGAUCCAAGCAUGUCGACCUUUCGUCUCGAAGACUCGUGACCGAUAGAGAGUUUGUGAGCAGCAAUGAGUCGUCCAUUGCCCAAGCAGUCAAUGUCAACUUUGUUGCCAACGAAACAGUCCGGAUCACAAAAUUCGUGGGUGCUGCUUCUACUGAUGCUUUCGCAGACCCACAGGAAACGGCCAAGCGCGCGGUGUCUCAGGCCCUGCAAGAUGGAUAUGCUCGAUCUCUGCGGUCGCACGUCGAAGAGUGGGCGAGUAUCCUACCCGAAGACUCGGUUGAUCGGUAUAUCAAUCCUGCGACGGGUCGGCUACCUGACGACGAUAAUAUCAUCAACUCCGCAAUCAUCGCUGUGACGAAUACCUACUACUUGUUGCAAAACACCGUGGGGAAGAACGCUAUCCGUCUUGCAUCAGAGGCCCCUCUCAACCAACACAGCUUCGCGGUAGGUGGCUUGGUUUCCGAUUCAUACGCGGGUAUGAUCUUCUGGGACGCAGAUGUCUGGAUGCAGCCUGGGCUUGUCGCAUCUCAUCCUGAAGCUGCUCAGGUUGUCACAAACUACCGCACCAAAAUGUUCCCUCAGGCCCGCGAGAAUAUCAAGACGACAUACACCGGGUCUAAGAAUCAAACAUAUAUAGAUCCUGAUGCAGCGAUAUAUCCCUGGACUAGUGGUCGCUUCGGCAACUGUACUGGCACCGGCGCCUGCUGGGACUACCAGUACCACCUGAACGGCGACAUUGGCCUAUCCUUGAUCUACCAGUGGGUAGCAAGCGGAGAUACCGAGACUUUUCGGGAGAAGCACUUUCCUAUCUACGAUGCCGUCGCAACGUUGUAUGGCAGCAUUGUGGAGCGCAAUGGAAGUUCGUGGACAUUGACGAAUAUGACGGAUCCUGUAAGCUUGCCUCGCAUCCUUUUGAUGUCUCUACUAACAGAAUAG